CGCAGGAAGCGGACGGAGCGGUGGCAGCGCCAGCAUGCGUGCGGGGCUCGGGCAGGCCUUGCGGGGGCUGCUGCUGCUCUCGGCUCGCAGCUGCUCCUGCUCUGGAGCGGGAAGGAGGAGGUGGCUGGUGCCGCCGCUGCCGUGCUGCAGCUGGCUCAGCACCAUGACUCAGGGCAGCACGGAGCAGCGGGGGCGGCCCCACUCGCCCGAGUACCGCCUCUACUUUAAGAAUGCGGAGGGUAAAUAUAUUUCCCCGUUUCAUGACAUUCCUCUGCUUGCUGGAUCUAAAGAGGAUAAGGAGGUUCCUGCGAAGAGAUCAAAGACUAAUGGAAGCGAGGUAGUGUUUAACAUGGUUGUAGAAGUGCCUCGCUGGUCAAACGCUAAAAUGGAGAUUGCCACCAAGGAACCAUUGAAUCCCAUUAAACAAGAUAUAAAGAAAGGCAAGCUUCGAUAUGUGGCCAAUAUCUUUCCUCACAAGGGUUAUAUAUGGAAUUAUGGUGCCCUCCCUCAGACUUGGGAAGAUCCACACCAUAAAGAUAAGGAUACGGGAUGCUGUGGUGAUAAUGAUCCCAUUGAUGUGUGUGAAAUAGGCACAAAGGUUCACUCUCCUGGUGAGAUCAUUCAGGUAAAGGUUCUUGGAGUUAUGGCUCUUAUUGAUGAAGGAGAGACAGAUUGGAAGAUUAUUGCCAUCAGUGUGGAUGACCCAGAAGCCCAGAAAAUUCAUGAUAUUGAUGAUGUCAAGAAACACAAACCGGGUUAUCUUGAGGCUACAGCUGAGUGGUUCCGAUUAUAUAAGGUCCCAGAUGACAAACCGGAAAAUCAGUUUGCUUUUAAUGGAGAGUUUAAAGACAAGGAUUUUGCUGUUGAAAUUAUUAAAUCCACCCAUGAAUACUGGAAAGCUUUGCUUCAUAAAAAGGCUGACCCAGGUGCUAUAAAAUGUACGAAUGUUUUGGUGCAUGACAGCCCCUUUUGUUGCAGUGAAGAGGAAGCCAGGUUAAUUGUGCAAUCAGCACCACCUCCUGCGAGUGGAGAUUCUGUUUCUGCAGAAGUUGAUGUGUGGCACUUUCUUAACAAGUGAUCAUCGGAAUGUUCUGAAGUCACAUCAUCAAAUCUUAAAUCAUCCCUUUUUUCCUGAGUUUUGAAGACAGGCUUGGUUUCUAAUUGCUGGGUUCCUGUUGGAACAACUUUUCAAGUAGCAUAAACCCUCUAUCAUGUAAAUAAACUGAGAUUUUUAAAUUGUU